CAACUGCCCAAAAAUUCUGUUCCGUGCUUAAUUUUGUCAAAAUUUGUCCGUAAUUCCAAUGUUCUAACCCAAUGUGCAUAACGAUUAGCUGUCAAAUUUCAUUCAAACGUCACUAACAACUAGACGCCGAUCCGUGCGAGCGUUCGUGCUGCGUAAUUUUUUACAAUUUAUAAAGAAUUUACAAUUUAUUUUUGAUAGUUUUAUUUUUACGUGUUUACAUAAGUGAACGGUUCCAUUUGACCAGCAGUGGAGUGUGUUUUAGCCGCAGGGUUUGCGGGUUUUCUUACGAUAAAUUGAGUGCGCUUCCCCGAAGCGUUGUUUUGUAGCGGAUGUGCGUGUGUGGAUAUGCGGUCCACGGACAACAAAAACUUUAAAAUGCCGUCAACCGUUGCAAACAUCUUCACCGUGGACAGUGAUAGUUCGUCAAGUGUUAUUACCACUGCGCGGCGUUCUGCACGUAGAUCUCGGAAGGAUAUUAACGGAAAAAAAGAUGUGGAAAACUGCAACAAACCAACCGAUGUACGUCGUAAUUUAAUGGACUGCCAAAUACUGCUAUCAGAUAUAUUUUCGCCAGGCUCACAAUUUCUACAUCUUAUGAAAGAAGGCACCAAUGCCAGCCAAAUCCAGAAUGUUGCAAAAAACGACAUCAUCGAUAAACAUACCUCAUCCGAACGGAAUAAUCUUACAUCAACAGAAACGAACAGCUAUGUAACUCGUCGAACUAUUCCACGGCGAACUACGAGCACUAGGAAACAUGAAUCCUUGGUUGGGAAUCGAAGCAGCAACAAAAAUAUUGUUCCUGAUGAUCCUCAUUCGAUCAUACAUCUAGACGAGUCCAGUAUCGGAACGAAAAGUAUAGCAGAAAUAGUGGAUUUAACAAAAACAUGCCCCAGUAAUGAUGUCAUCAUGCAGGCGUCUGAAGCUGCUGCAGUUUCAAAGCCACGUCGCACAUCUAGACACAUUUCGAUGAAAUUGACCGAUAGUCAUGAAAAUUCCAAUAAUCUCCGGACAGCAUCGAAACGAAAAUCGGAUAAUGCUAUUGCCGCACAAGACAUGGGUGUUUCGCCACCCAAACAAGCAUUAAACGCAGCUCUGGAACAUUCGGCACCAGUAGCAGAUUCUUCACAAACUUCCCCUGCCAGUGGAGCAGUCACCUUACCGACAACCGUACGACGUAGUAUCAAUACGGGAACUUUAUCUACCAAUCACUCAUUGGACAAGUUGGACAACGAUGCCUUUAAGGUUUUGAUUGUUUCUAUCAAACGUGUAGCUUUGCCAUUGACAGAGACUCAAUUAAAAAGUCUCAAGUAUGAAGAUACGACGCAGAACAACAGACUUUCACUUCGUCCUUCAAGCAGAAUCAAGCGGCAUCCAAACAAUGGCAUCAAGGUGGAAAGAGACACACUAAACAGAGCAAGGUCAACUAUGGCAAAACCCAAAAUUGUUAUCUCAUCCCCAAUCGUUGAAGUUCCGGAAUCACCUCCCGCCGUGGCCGAACGAAAGCGUCUGUCCCAUUCUUAUCUUAGCGUUUCGAACACUGCUAGAGCUCAAUUAGAUCAGUUUAAAAAACCAAAUCCUACGACACAUCUACCAUUGCCACAGCUAAUUGAGGACGAGCACGAAGACAACGAUGAUGUGUAUGAAUUUCUAUCGUCCUCCCAAAACGGUGACGCUACCGAAACGAAGAAAACCACACGAAAACCCAAAGAGAAAAAGGUUCGGAAAGCGGCUGCACCAUCGGUGCAAAACAAGCGCCAACCUUCUGCUUCCAAACGCCAACCAAAGCCCGUUCGUCCGAAACAAGUCAAUCCAUUUGGGUGUAACAACAAAGCGUUGCUUAGCGGUAUUAAAAAGCUAGGAGGCGGACCCGUGAAACAACCAGCGACGGUGAAUUAUAAGAUCAACUUGGAAAUUCCCAAAACACCGCCCGUUGCUUCUACACCUGUACCAGCUGAGGCAGAGCUACCUUAUGAUGAUCCUCCCGCUUCCGUAGAAGUCGCUCGUAUUUCUCACCCUACGACGGACAGUAUUAAAACAACAAAACCAUCCUUUCCUCUCACAUCUACUCCAUCCCACAGAAUUGGCAUGGUGGGUGGUUUCAACGCAAUAUCUAUACAGAAGCCUGCAUCACCGUGGCGUUUACAGGACGAUAUCAUACUUCCCCGAACCAGUCACACUUAUCGCACGAACGAAAUGCUUCCAUCGUACGAAAGUUUUGCCACCGAAAAUAAUAACAUUGGAACAUUCGUUACGGAACGCCGUAAAUCGCCAAACGAAGGAACUAAAUCGAUCGUACCAGCACAAGAAGGCGCACCCGAAUCAACCAUGACCGAACAGUCCAGCGAAGGUAUUGUGAGCGAUAAGGACUUGCGUGAGAUCGAGCAGAUGUACACGGAGCUGAAGGCUACAAGUGACAUGAGUCAAAAGCUGAUCAAAGCUAUGCGUAUGAGCAAAAAGAAUCCGACAUCGGCGCAACAGAACCACACCAUGCGGUUGGCCUGCCUGAAGCUGAAGAAAUGGCACGAUCGGUCGAUGAAAUCGUUCAACCGAUCGAUGCGCAUUAUUAGCAACAUACAGCGGACGACAGAACGGUCUGCCUUCCGCCCGAUGGCUUGUCCUUCGCCGCUAUCACUCGAACAGCAGCGUACUUUAAACAAUUUCAAUAGUAGCACGGAUCAUUUCCGUUCCAUGAUCGACCAGCUACAGUUGGCUAUAAAUGAUUCCGACGUAGAAAAUCGUCCACCGCUAACGGGGCCAUUAGAGUCGGCCGAUACAGAGCUGCAGGGUAAUGGGAAAGGUCCUGUGACGGUACUGAAUGAAGUGACCAAAUCCAAAACUUCGAAAGAUGUCAUAAUUUUGCCCGACCGGGGUGCUAAAGGCAAACGGAAUCCUCUGAUGCCUUUGAAUGUGGUGCCACUGCCACAGCGUGAUAGUCCGUUAAUGUCUCCGCUGGCUAAAAAUCCGACAACCGGCCCGAACAACAUCCGCCGGGAUUCGAAGAAAGAUGCGACAAUCGGCAAGAACAACACCCGCCGCGAGCUGCAGUAUGACAAGGAGAAUGGAUUUAUGAAUGUCACCGAUGUCCCCGAUGUCACCGAUAAACCGGCGCAAAAGGACAUUGCCGAUGUGUCGGCAAUCACACCGGAACUACCGGAACCGCCCAUUGACAGUGUGGUAGAAAUUUACGACGAAACUACGCGACAUGAUUGCGACCAGAACGAUGAAAAUGCACACAACAGCACGAAAGGUAGUACGGAAAGUAUACAGAAUAGUCGGAAUUAUUUUGGGUUUGAUGCCGGCGAUAGUGUGAACGAAAGAUCGGAAGCACAAGUUACACUUCCGAUGCCACUUAACAUCUCGCACGAAACGCUUCAGCGCAGAUUACAAAACAUGAAGCAACUGCUUCCCAAGCGGCCCAUUUUCCGCAAACAACCCAAACAGCAGAACCGAUCCAGCGGUCCCACACGGUUCCCCGUAACGAAGCUCCGCGUGUUCGGCAGUCCAUCAAAGCGACCGAAUACUUUGCGCGAAUUCGUAGCUUCUACACCACGCCCUGCUGGUGGACGAUCAUCGGCAGAACCAGCGACAGCACCGUCCAAAUCUUUGCUAACGAUGGAUGUUGAAGUACCGGAUGUGUCAGCGAUCGAACCGUUAGUUGAACCAGCGGCAGUGGGGCAAAAUGAUCAUGAUGCACAAACAAAUAAUGAACCGGAAGUAGUGCUGUUUGAUACACCGGAUCGGCCGGCGUGGCUAAAUAAUUCCGCCCAUCAACGAACUUAUGCACGCGUACCGAGGCGCAAGAAGAAAAACAUUUACCUAGCGAAUCUGGGACUGGAUGACGAUAGUGAGGAUGAUGAGAACGUUUCGGAUGGGGAUCCGCAGGAGAUGAGUUCGGACUCGGAAGCGGACGAGGCGAAGCGAAAGAAAAAGGCCAAUAAACGUAAAGCACGCCGCCGACAACCGGUCCGUGUAGAGCAGACAGAAGCCUUCAAGGAGUUUGUUGACAACUUUAAUAGCAUGUGUGAAGAAGUGGAACGUUACGAGCUGAUUGUCGAAUAAAUCAUUCUGCAAGACAACCCGCUCUACGCUAACGAACGACGAGGACUCUUCACCGUUACGGAUGGUUCAUGAUGUUGGUAGCAGUUUGCAUACCCCGCUGAGCGAAUGUAUUUGCUAUUGCCCUGUAUCAUAUGUUUUAUCUAUAGCAGUAAUAUAUUUUUAUAUCGUGUUUUACUAGUUA